UCCGAAUUUUGUAGAAUUUUAUACGAUUUUACUUCAACUCCUAUCUAUCUAGUCCUCCUUGUCCUUCAUCCCUCCCUCUCAUCUAAAAGAAAUAAAAAAAUAAACCAUCAUAGUUUUACAUUCAAUAUGGCCAACCCGAGGGUCGAGGAACUGCCCGAUGACGAGCCUAAGAAGGUCUCGGUUGAGGAGCAUGAUGACGAUGACAGCUCUGAUUCCGAGAUCGAGGUAGGCGACGGUGGUGCUGCGGGCUCUACAGCCGUCGUUCAUUCCCGUAACGAGAAGAAGGCACGAAAGGCUAUUGAGAAGCUCCACCUCACCCGCGUUACCGGCAUCACUCGAGUGACCCUCCGAAGACCCAAGAACAUCCUAUUUGUCAUCAACAACCCGGAAGUUUACAAGUCGCCCAACAGCAACACCUACAUCGUCUUCGGCGAGGCUAAGAUCGAGGACUUGAACUCAGCCGCCCAGCAAGCCGCUGCCCAGUCCCUUGCGGCUCCUGGCGGUGACCACGAUCACGCUGGCCACGACCAUAGCCACGGCGAACCUAGUAAGGCGGUCGAGGGUGCCGAGGACAAGAAGGAUGACGAUGACGAUGAUGAGGAAGUCGAUGCCGAAGGACUCGAGGACAAGGACAUCGAACUGGUUAUGACUCAAGCCAACGUCAAACGCAACAAGGCCAUCAAAGCCUUAAAAGAGAAUGACAAUGACAUAGUCAAUUCGAUUAUGGCGCUGAGCGUUUGAUGACCGAACCCGGGCAUGACUGAGAUUCAUUUAGGUAUGGAGAAGGGCGGUCUGCAACUUGGGUUCUUUUUCUUCGGCUAGAUGCAUUGCAACAACGGAAAAAAGUAUGCAUUGAGGAAAAAGGAAGUUGGCUUGCUGUGUAUUACAGUCUACGAUACCUGACAAUGGAUUCCCAAGCCGUCGUGAAUGUUUACCGCUUCUAGUUCAAUGACAACUAAAUAUCUUCCUGUGACUCGAGUUCCUUACGCGAUAAAUUUUAUGCGUUGACGCCUUCCGAACUCGUAAUAUCUUGUAAGUAAACCACGGUAGAUUCGAUCAAGGAUUCCUCGUAGGGGAAGAGUCAGUAGUUCUAAAGAUGAAUAUGAAGCUCAAAAUCCGGGAG